AUGGGUAAAGCGCUGGAAGGUGUAAAACAAAACCCGCAGGGGAAAGCUCCUGUGUUGUGGAACAGCGUGUCCCAGACAGCAACACCAACUCAACAGCCAGCCUGCCAAGGGGUGCUCCCGAGUAACCAGCGACAGGAGCAGAAGAAAUGGCCUCAAGCUGCAUCAGGGGAGAGAAUGAAAGCAGUUCUGUAUGUCAAAGAAGCAAGGAUGAUCCACAGGAAUCCUGAAGCAAAGCAGGAAAGUGCCUUUGGGAAGUCCUCAACUGCCUUGCCAGUUGAACCAGGUCACAAGAGUCACCAAAGAUAUCCAAGUCUGUUGAAGGAGAUGUGUGUGUCUGUUAUGAGGGAUCUUGAGAGCAAUCACAGUUUUGCCAUCUUUGAAGAGAACAGUACUUAUUUACUUAAAUGCUAUCUAUUCACCCCUCCAGUAGGGGCAAAUUACCCUUUAUUUCCUCACCAGGAAAUAGAUCCCUGCUCAGGUUUUGUGAGUCCAGCAGCAGGUGCUGAACAGCAGCCCAAUGUUGGAAGAGCUAUUGAAUCCCUGGCAAACUACAGCAACAGAGAACUUCACCAUGUCCCCACCACAGGUGAGAGAGCCCAGCCUGACCACGGACACCUCCUGGGGGAAACCAGCCAGGACAGAAGGGGGAAGUCCAGAGCUUACAAAGGAGCUCCUUGGGAAAUGUUUUCUUCCAAAAUACAGCCUCCAAAAUCAAAAGGGGAGAUGUUGGAUGAUCCUAUUUCCCAGUAUUUCACAAAAAGACAAUACAAUUCCAAACCUAAAAUAAGCCAAAUUGUUGGAGACUUCUAGGACAGAUUUCAAACAAGAUCUUUUACCUCUCCACAGAGAUCUGGUGGUUUUGUAAGCCAAAGCUCUCAAACCUGUACAUCUCCUUUGCAUGUGGGCUGUGUUGGUGCAGUAAAUUUUGAAAGCAAUGCUGAUGUAGACUUAGUCCUACUUAACCAUGUUCAAACUUCCAAACCUCACUACACAAACACUGCACACACUCCAAAUAUUCCUGGAUACACUGGUGAGGUUCAUUGGUCAGCAACUCACCCAGCAAAUUCUAAUCUUCCAUCAACAUCCCCAUCAGUAAUUGCAGGAAUGCAUGGAUAG